AUGAGUCCUAGUCUCGACAGCCUCCUCGGAGGACAUCACGUCCACCUGGCACAGAGGCGGCAGCAUCAUCGUCGCGGUCUCAGGCCUCAGCAUCAUUCUCUGAGUCGCCUCGUCCGUGCUGGCGCAAAGCACCUUGUCGAGGGCGGCAAGACCGACGUCUUCCCCGACUGCCACCACGAUCACAACCAGCUCGACCAAGCCAGUCUGCGGCCCCAUAUCCAGCAACAUCUACGCCAAUACUACUGCUUCAACCUCGCCCAGCAAGCCUGCCGGCGAGACCAGAUUCCCAAAUGCAACGCCUCGACGCCUCGCAAACUAGAUGGCCGGGACGACGGUCGAGACCUUGCCUACAGCGACGUCGUGCUGCCCUCGGAUCGGCAUCGUCUCCCCCCCAGCCCGACGCUCAAGAGAGAGGACGCAUUCCGGGAUCCAUCUACUUCCAAGAUCCACCUUCGCCGCCGCGUCGAACACGCCAGCGAAGACGAGCAGGUCGCUGGCCUCUACGGCAUGGGACUGCUGUACGACAAUGACGAGCAGGACCCCGGCGGCGGCGACUGCUUGGACCUGAACAGCAUCAGGCAUGACGAGGCGCUCUACCCCAUCCGCCCCGCCAGGCGGACGCGAAAGCAAAAGGUGGCCCACGGUGCGUUUCGAGAUGCCGCCUUGCAACUCGACCUCUCCUUUUCCGACCUGGGCGAUGACGCCGUCGUCGCCCAGUAUCUCACGUCUUUGAAUCGACUCGAGGCCGGUGAGGCGAUUCAACAUGCGCCUCGGGAGCCGGCCGAGUCGCAACCUCGUCUGCGUGUCAUUUAUGAGCUUUCCACGUCGCAGCCUUCCUUUGAUAUUGAUACUUCGCAACCCCCCGACUUGGUCGUGGACAUUCUCUCAGACUAUGACUGCUUUUCGGACGGCGAGCUAGACGACACCCCACCCCAGCGAGAGAUUCAAGAGAACGCCGACAACCCACCUGCCGAGGCCUGGGUCAUACUCGGCGACGACUCAUAG